AGCUGAUAUUCGACAAUUGUAUUUCCAUUCAACUUGUGCUUUCUUCACAAUGGCGGCCAGAAAGCUGCAAACCGAAAUCGACCGUACACUAAAGAAGGUUGGCGAAGGCGUCGAGGUCUUUGAAAGCAUAUAUGAGAAGAUGCAGGCCUCUACAAACCAGACGCAGAAGGAGAAACUGGAGACUGACUUGAAAACACAAAUAAAGAAGCUCCAGCGGUUACGCGACCAGAUCAAGGCCUGGGUAGCAAGCAAUGACAUCAAAGACAAGUCCGCACUCCUGGAAAACCGGAGACUAAUAGAAACUCAAAUGGAGAAGUUCAAGGCCUGCGAGAAGGAAAUGAAGACAAAGGCAUUCUCCAAAGAGGGUCUCAUACAGUCGGCCAAACUGGAUCCUAAAGCCCAAGAGAAGCUCGAGGUUACGACGUGGCUUCAGUCGCAGGUCGAAGAUCUUUUGUUGCAAGUAGAACAGGCAGAAGCGGAAAUUGAGACACUCCAGGGCGGCGGCGGCAAGAAACGCGGAAAGAGUUCAUCAUCUGCUGGUCGUUUGGAAGAUCUAGAACACCUCAAUGAUCGUCGAAAAUGGCACGUCAACCGACUCGAACUCAUCCUUCGUCUCCUGGACAAUGGUUCUUUGACCACGGAUCGUGUACAAGCUCUCAAGGAAGAUGUACAAUAUUUCGUGGAAAGCAACACGGACGAGGACUUCAAUGAAUAUGAGGGCAUAUACGACGAACUUAAUCUUGAAGAAGAGGAGGAACAGUUCGGUCUGGCUGGUGACGACGAGGAAGAUAGCGACGAGUCAGAUAUCGCAAGUGAUGACCUUCCUCCACGAACGCCGAACAAACGACAUGAGAAGGACGAGGAAAGUGUUGCGAGCAGUAAACGUGCUGAAAGUCCCGUGCAAAAGAAGGCUGGAGUGACACUUCAAUUGCGGAAACCAUCAAUUGCAACUGAAGUCAAACCACCGCCAAAUCCAAACUUUGUACAGCAGCCGAUGGCAAGCAUUCUACGAGCUAACUUGCAACCGGCAACCCCACGGCCACCAGUGCAUACACCAAUUCGCUAUGCUGCAGCCGCCGCCGCUGCCGUCACUCCGCAAUCGUCUCAACAGAAUGGAGCAUUACCCCCAACGCCCUCGACAUCACAACCUAUUCCACCCACGCCGUCAACGAAUUUCCCUGAAGCAACGACAUCUACACUCUCAAUAACGCCGUCGGCUUCGCAAAGUGGCUUGCAAGAUUCACAAUUCACAUCCUCGCCAAGCUUGACACAUCCCUCGGUCACGAGCCCGAUGCUAUCAUCUGCUGCAUCACAUCAACAAGAGGGGUCAUUCUAUUCUGGACAGGAUUCACCAGCAAUAUCGGAGGCUGUUCCAAGCUCUAUAAGCGGUCCUGCGGCCACAUCAUCGCCGCAACGUCAACAGAAAGAACCUGCAGCAUCACCUCACCUCGCCAGGGCGCCUUCACCUGCUGCACCGCCACCAGCAUCAGCAUCGGCAGUGCCACAAUUCCAACUGGUCACUAAUGGAGCCUCGCAGAUUACUCAACCCCCCACGCAGUUGCCUGCGUCAGCGUCAUCGCCACUACCUCAACAGAUACAUCAGGCAACAAUAGCUUCAUCAGUACUUCCAACUCCACCCGCAAGUUCGACAUCUGUAACACAGCAGGCGCAACAGUAUCCCCCGGGUAUAAAGGUCCCACAGAGCGUGGAACAGCAACCGGCCCCUGUCCAGCAGCCAAUUGGAGGUUCGCAGAGGCCUUCUUCAACGGCACCAGCUCAGCAGCCGCCGCAUCCUCCUUCGCGUCCAGCUGGUUCAGGCGCAUUCCCUGGCUCUCUAUCAGACCUUGUGGCAUCGUUUGAAACGGUCAAGCAGAAAGCUCCUCAUCGUAUGACAAACCUCGGAGAGGUGCACAAACUCCUUGAAGGCGGUUACUCAAAUGUGCCACAGCCACAGGACACCGAGAAACCAAAGUACUAUGUGCCACGGAAUCCCUUUGCGACCCCAGCAUUUUAUCCUCAGGUUCCUCAUCCUAUCCUGAGCACCCCAGGCAUCUUUUCCCAGAUAGACGUAGAGACUCUCUUCUACGUCUUCUAUUACCUACCGGGAACAUACCAGCAAUAUAUGGCUGCUAAAGAAUUGAAGCGCCAAUCAUGGCGAUUCCAUGUGAAAUAUAUGACAUGGUUCCAGCGACACUCGGAGCCGCAAGCCAUAACAGAAGAAUACGAACAAGGCGUGUAUGUUUACUUCGAUUGGGAGGGAUCAUGGUGCCAGCGCAAGAAAAGCGAUUUCCGGUUUGAAUAUCGUUAUCUUUCGGAGGAUUAAAGGUUUUUUUUCGUUCUUUCAGUCCUUGUUAUCCCCCUUUUUGUCAUUGCUCCCGCCGUGACCAUAUGUAUCGCCAUACGCGCCACUAUUGGACAGUCUUGCCAAUCACAUUCAUACUAACUUGCAACCCUAUUUCUUAAUUAUAGUGAAUGAAUUAUGGUUUGAACAUGCUCA